AGGAAAAAAAAAAAAAGAUUUCGCAAUACUCCCAGGUACGGCUUAGUGCAAACCAAACAAUAACAGCGUCUCCGAUGUUUCGGUCCUGUUUUAGAGAAAAAUAACCUGCUAAAUCGAUGUACGUGUGGCUGUUCGAUAAGGUUUAAACCUUGAUAAGGACCGUAGAGGCGGCGCAGUCGCAACCAAGAGCAACCAACAUUUCGACAGCAUUCAGCACCAUCCUGCAGCGGGCGAAGGUGCAGACGCGAGCGCAAGAGAGAGGCAGCGGAUCCAAAUGAGCAAGCAGCCGCAGCAGAAGUUAAACAGCACAGAGCAGAACGGAGUGAGCGUCAUACAGAGCCAGGCUCAUAGCAGCGUCGUAAACUCUGCAGGAGCUACAGCAGGACUGCAGCAAGUUCCUCAACUCGUCCCAGUAAGCCCCGGAGGAGGUGGCAAAGCCACGUCGCCCAGCAAGAUGAAGAAGUCGAUGCUGGACAAGGACAGCGACGAGUACAGGCAGCGGCGCGAGCGCAACAACCUGGCGGUGAAGAAGAGCCGCAUGCGCAGCAAGCAGAAGGCGCAGGACACGCAGCAGCGCGUCAACGAGCUCAAAGAGGAGAACGAGAGAUUGGAGGCCAAGAUCAAGCUGCUCAGCAAAGAGCUCAGUGUGCUCAAAGACCUGUUCCUGGAGCACGCGCACAACCUGGCCGACAACGUGCAGCCUGCUACUGCGGCAUCCGUCGCCCCUGGAGACCACUGUAACACCAACAACAACAGCCAGUGAGAUUGAGUCACUCGUUACGCGAGGCAACUCUGUACUUAUAAUAUCUUGGUUAACAUUUUCUUAAGGAAAUGGAGAAUUUCCUAAAACAUUUUUAGGCCAUUUGCGUUUCAGAAGAAUGAAGCUGUCCCAGCUCGGUAUCAGAUGAAAAAUAUUAUAAUACUAUAAUAAUAAUAAUAAUAAUUAUGAUUAUUAUUAUUAUUAUUAUUAUUAGCAGUCUGGACUUUUAAAAUUAGAAAAUGGUUUAUUUCCCCAAAAUCUGAAACGUCAGAGGCGCCGAGCGAUUUGGAUUUUUGAGUCAGGCGGUUUUCUCUCGGUUCACGGGUUUUACGUGAUCCCUCUCAUCUUCGUUCUUACACUCAGAUGUUGUUCCCCGUCUGACACGGUGUGUAAAUAAGCGUGGAGGGAAUGCGGAAAAGCGUUAGCAGAGCUUAGGAAUGCCGUAGGGUUGGAUUUAAAAAUGUUUUUUUUUUUUUUUCUUCUUCUGUUUUAAGACUACAGCGAGUCACCGAGCGAGAUUUGUUGUUUUUUGACACAGCUUUUCACGAAAGCCUUGCCGCGGGUCCGUGGCAGCUUGUCAGAUUCACAAGGAACGUUCCAAACGUGUUCGGGCAAACCGUCACGACUCCCACAAGGCAACGGCAAGGAAAAGAGACGGGAAGAAGAAACAAAAGGAGCAGUGUCCUGGAAAUGGAUAGACUUAAAUUAUACCCGAGGGCUGUUUUUAAGGGGCUUCCCCCUUCCCCCUCAUCCCCCUCCCCCCCCCCCCCCCCCCCCCCCUCCUUCCAAUCGUCUGCUUGUAUGAUAUCUUUGUUAGAAGCUCUUUUUGUUUAAUUUAAAAGAUGUUCGUGAGACGGCGAGUCAGUCAGAGACGGACGUGCAACGAUUAUGGAAAUUAGACUGUCAUGUAAAUUUGGUCGGCGAAUUCGCAGGGGUGGACAAAUCGGCAGCCGAAGGACCAUCAGUAAAUAAACAAACAAACAAACAAAUGCUAUCACUGUCCGAAACGCACAGGUGCCUCAAAAUAAAGUGCAGCACAAAGCCACCAUGCAUUUCUCAGAUAUUAUAUUUUACGUGCGUCCUGAUGGACAGGUCGCGUCUCGUGCCUAAGACGUCGACUUAACGCAAACACGACAUGCUACGUGACUGUAACCACGUCGAGCGGUACUCUUAACGCACUUAGAGAACCAUCUCAGCAUACGUUAUUAUAUUACCGCUUUACAGCAGUCAAUUAAGUUUCCGGGCAAUCAAAACACGGGACUCGGUUGAACAUUAGAACCGGUAGGGUAGACGAUGAUGAUGAUGAUGAUGAUGAUUAUGUGUUUAUAAUUUGUCCACCCCUGAAUUGCAUACAGGUGUAAAUAAUGUUGGACGAAAGAACCUUUCUGUUUGUGUCCGGUUUCCUGCCAAAAUAGAGCUCGUGCUUAGAAAGCGCUCCUGUCCUGGGACGGAAGAGCCAGACAGACUCUGAGCGUGUUGCAUCAGACCGAAGAGCAGACAGUGCUGGCGUUAACAAAAGCUGUUAAAUUGCACUUGAGCCUCAAACCCUUCUUACAAAACUAUCCCUGGCCUAGACAGACAGCGAGAGCGAGAGAGAGGGAGGGAUGGGACACAUGCUGUCUAGGGUGUUGGUCGAAUAUAAAAUAAAUAAAUAAAAAACACAACCCAAACCGAUUUCAUCACCGUAGCACCCCGUGGUCCAGUCUGUCUGCGUCUCCCGUCUGACGUGCGUUUGCGUGUUUGUCUCGGUACAUAGCGAAGGCUUAGACACCCAGGGUGGGUUCUCGCUGACUCAUUGAUUAGGCUUCUGAAAAAUACAAUAGCAUGCGGCGAUUUAAAAAAACAAAAACAUAGUCGUUUAGCAUAAUCGUCGGUUUUCUUUUGCUUCCUCGAUUCUCUGACAGCCAACAUCUUUAUAGCAUUUCUACACUGACUUUUUGUACCUCAGGCUACAGCACUAAAGAGACUUUAGUGUAUUUGUACACCUGUUUAAAAGAAAAAGGAAAGAAAAAAAAAAAACACAAA